AAUCCUCUUAUUCUUACACGUGCCUAUGAAGAGGGCAUUCAUUCCUUGGUGGUGCAGGGGGCGAACGAUGGUAGGGGCAUGGAUCGUGGUCUUGUCGCAAUCUCCGCAAUUCCACUCUGUGAACUUUGAAGUCGACUUCGCUUGCAUUUGAACGGUGAAUGGGAAUAACGUUUCUAUCCUGAGAAAUUAGAGUAUAUAAAGGUACAACUCACCCAGUAUGGAGUCUCCAGAAGCUCCCCGCACUGCCAACCUCUCGGUCUCUAAGUCAAUUAUUUCAAGCUUCACAUUCGUCAGCCCUGCACCGAGCCAUCAAUCAUGCGUUUCGCAACUGCAUCUUUGGCCUUGCUUCCGGCCGUGGCCCAGGCAUUGAAUAUCGUCUCUGCUAAUGAUGAUGGAUGGGCUGAAAUGAACAUUCGAACUUUAUACACUGCUCUAACUAAUGGGGGGCAUGAUGUUCUUGUUUCUGCUCCUGCGGAAAACAAGAGCGGUUCUGGUAUGGAAUUUCUUCUUUUUUGCUUCUUUUUUGCUUCUUAAUGAACAAAUCUGACUUAUCAUGAAAAGGUUCUCUAACUGGUACACCUACCGCACUUACUGAGGCAUGCGAAUACAACUCUUGCCCAAGUGGUAGUCCAGCGGUGGGAUACAAUGCCUCAGCACCUCAGUUCAACUAUGUCAACUCUUACCCUGCGGAGGCAAUGGAUUAUGGAAUUACAACCUUAGCUCCCGGGUACUUCGGAGGUGCCCCUGACCUUGCUGUUACUGGUCCAAACGUUGGCGGUAUGUAGUCUUUUGGAAUGUUCCUUGGAUAGACUUUAAACUAAUGAUCAAUAGUAAAUACCGGUGUUAUAUCGUUCGUCUCUGGUACUGUUGGAGCAGCCAUUGAAGCAGUAGGUCUCGGCAUACCGGCUAUUGCUUUCAGUGGAGCCGAAGGAUCCGCAAUAGGUUGGGACGUUGCUGUACCUGCAUAUUCCACCAUCUACGCCGAAUUAUCGGCAAUUGUAGUUAAGGCCCUCACCGCUUCUAGCACUCCAUACCUCCCAGACAAGACUUUCUUGAACGUCAACUUCCCUAAAACUGCCGGUUGCACAUCGGUUUCUGAUUACAGCUUCGUCCUGUCCAGAAUCUACAGUGCGGUUAUUGGGGUCAGUGGUACCGAUGUCGUUACUUGCAACAAUGGGGGUAGACUUCCUACCGAGACUACUGUUGUCGGGACAUCUGGAUGCUAUGCUAGUAUUAGUCUUGGUGGAACUAACAAGAGGGAUGCUAGUGCUGCUAACCAAGCGAUUGUUUUGGACAAGCUCUCGAGCAUCCUCACCUGUUUACCUUGAUUGGCUAGCUUCAUUCAUGGGUAAAUUGAAGAUGCAAAUAAUAUAUCAAAAUAACAUAUAUCAGAACAAAAUCUUAGCAGAUACCAUAAUUAAAAUAUAUAGUAAUUUAAACAUUUUAAAACUCUAGCCAGGAACCCGAGUUGGCAAAAAAUUGA